AUGGUCCUUCGACUAGAUGCAAAGCCGCAGGAAAUGGUAUUGAAGGAAGUCACCGGAAAAAGAGAGCCGGUUGAUCGGGCCAAUCUCCUCAACGUCGACAACAAAAAUUGGCAAUCGAUUGUUUGCCGACGAUGUGAUUCACUUAUACUUUUCGAGGACAAAGUAGACCUCCUAGAAGAUGGCUAUACGGCCAAGCUUCCAGUGAUGACCCCAGGCGCUACGAACACGAGGGACACGGAGGAUAUUUCAUGGUGGUGGCAUUGCACCGAUGAUUUCGAAUUUGAUACGAUUGGCUACGCUGUUCCCAUGGUCGAUAACAAAAAGGUUUUAGUUUGUGGACAUUGUGAAUUUGGCCCAAUUGGACUACGAAGUGCUGAUGCAAAAGAAUUUUGGGUUGCUGUGGAAAGAGUAAGCUAUGCUGACAAACCAGCACCCAAAGGACAUAAGAUUGUUGCGAGGAAAGCGAAGAAGACGAUUGCAUCAGCGACUUGA